AUGGAGCCACAUGCCGUGCCCGACACAGACAAGGUAGCAGAUGGCACGCCUCAAGCAACUCUGAUAGCCGAGCAUUCGCUGGAGAUACCGCCUGAGAGCAACUCACCUAGCUGUUUUUAUACCUCGACAAGGUGGUCUGCGGAUGGAACAUGUAUUAUUGCCACCACAUCGGAUUAUGAGGUGUCGUCCUUUGUGCUCCCAACAGAUUUGCUUGACGACAGCAACAAUGUCAAGAAUCUGCAACCAAAUGCAACUACAAGACUGCCCGAGGCUAUGCAGGCUAUUAGCGUCGCACCAUAUUUUACGCUAUCAGAACCCGCGUCACAACUCUUUCUGACUGGCUGUCGGGACCACCCGCUACAGUUGUAUAACGCCUUCCCGCCAGCAGACACGGAAGUCAACACGCCAAUAUGCAUAUACAAACUGAUAAGAGCAGAGACAGAAGAGUACAUUACUCCAACCUCAUUAUUAUGGGAGCAGUCGGGUACGCACUUCAUCUGUGGUUCAUCCAAUAGGCUCGACUACUUUGAUCUUUCUCGAACUGGCUCGAAUAGCCCUGUGCUCACAAUACCAACCAUUCCUUCUAAGCGACAUGUUCUCAAAGGCGGUGGAGUAGGUAUGAAAGGGAUUGUGUCUUCGCUCUCUGCAGGACCUAUGGGUGGCAACCAUGAUAGUCUUGUAGCUGCUGGAACAUGGACGAGGUGGAUGGGACUCUACGACUUACAGCGGUCCAACAAGGCAACCGCAAAUUGGAGUGUUGCUGAUGCGGAACAAGCUGACUUUCAGCUGAACCUGGGUGGCCAAGGCAUCGCUCAGACGCUAUGGAGUCCAUGCGGGCGAUAUCUGGUGAUUAAUGAACGUCGUGCAUCAGGUCUGUUGGUAUAUGAUGUGCGCGGCACGGGAAAGUUGGUUAGCGUGCUGACUGGACGGCCCGCUACCACACAGCAGCGGCUUGGGUGUGACACAUUUCAAGUGAUGCCGGCUGAAGACGGCGCGGUUGGCGCUGGCUUUGAGGUCUGGGCUGGAUCGCAAGAUGGCCGCGUUGUGGUCUGGCGCGAAGUAGGAUUGCAUUAUGGCGCCGUCGAGCCUGCUUGGUCCUGGCAAGCACACACAUCGCCGACGGGCAGCACGGCACUGCAUCCGAGCGGUUCUGUCGCAGCUACAUGCUCUGGUGGAUGGCAGCACGUCGCGGACGAAGGUAUCGCAGGCCGCUACAUGCCGGAUCCUCGGGGAAACCUGGACAUCAUGUCGGAAUCGGCAGUGAAAAUCUGGACGAUAGACGAAAACUCAACCUCGUAA